UUCACUCUUUUUCUUUUAUUUGCAGCCAUGCUUUGUGAAGGCAGACUGUUCAGUCUGAUCUAUGAACUGGAGGAACUGGAUUCCUUUCCUGCUGCUCCUUUCCUGAGGUCCACCAGUCAGCCUCCACUCAUCCGUCACAUCUCUGCGGAGCAGACGGGGAGCACAGACAGCAGGUACGCUUCAGCCGAGACGCACAUUUCCCCGCUGCAGUCCUUGGAUCCCCGGCCAGCUGAGCCUGGCAGACAGUUCUCAUCAGAGAUCCAGAUCCCAGCACAGGCGGGCUCAGGCGGCGAGUCCCCUUUCUUGGUUCCUUCGUUCUGUCAGAGCAUCUGUCAGAACUACAGCGACCUCCUUAUUGGCGGUGACCAUGUUUUGCCUGUUUCGGGUAACGAUGGUGAACUCCGGGUUGGUACUGACGCCCAGCCUGCCGGGCCCUUCCUCCAGUCCUGUGACGUCCAUCCAGAAGUGGAGGAUUCUUUCCCAGGACAGACAUCUCAGGGGGGACUUCUGUGCCACCUGAGAGGAAAUUCAACUCGAUGGAAAUUCAGCAGUGGUCGGGAUCGCAGCGUUUUACUUCAGGGCCGCGAGGGGCCCUUUUCAAACUCACUUCUCAACUGCUAUCUGGAACAGAAGCUCUUGGAUCUUUAUCAGCAGUAUAUGAUGGAGAACAUGGCUAAAGAAGGGCCCGUUGGUUGUGAUUCUGCAGGAGCUAUUUGUCCUCUGCUGGGCUCAGAACUGGUGAUGACCAGCCUGGACCAGAUCACUUUGCAGCUGAGUCGAGAUGGAAAUCUGGAGGCCGGAGUGGCAAAGGACAUGGUCCUCAGCUGCCUGCUGCGGGUGGCAGGUGACAUGCAGUCCAGCGAAAUCAGCACGCCUUUUCUGCAAAUCUCUAAUGAGCCUUCCAGAGAAAAGCUUACAGAACACACAGAGAAAUGACUCCAGGAACUUCUCACUCCUCCAGCCCAGCCUUUGGUCUCAAGCACAAAAAAGAAAGAAAAAAAAAAAAAAAAAAUCAAGAACAAAAAAA